UGAACGGGGAGCGUUUGCUGCUAUGAUGGAGGUUCAUUGCGAUGUUUGCGAUGCUGUCGUGUGUGUUGGAAGAGAUCAGUCUGAUGGAAGUAUGGCUAGGCACAUCCAGGGCAAGCGUCACCAGCGUCUCUUACAGAUGAAGAACAAGGCGGCAGAGAAGGCCAGUUGCAGUGUAUUUGUGAGGGGUGUCCAUGGGAACACUAAACUCAGCGCAGCUCAAUUGAAGGAACACUUCCAGAAAUUUGGAAAUAUAAAGAAAGUUGUGAUGGACAAAGUUAAGUCUUUGUAUGCCAUCAUCGAAUUUGACAGUAAGGAUGCAGCCCAGCAGGUGCUUGGUCAGUCUGACCACAGGUUACCCGGUGACCACAAGUUGGUGGUCAAGCCCAGGGAAGUCAAAAUGGACAAUUUCAAGCCAGCACGAUUGGGAAAUAGACAUGACACAACAAAGAAAACUCAAAACAAAGAUUCUGAAGUUCCUGUGGUUGACAGAAAAACAGUGCUAGAGGAAUUGAGGAAAAUACAAUCUUUUGGAUCCUCUGUGAACAAGUUUGGUGUCAAGGGGUGCGACAUGGACAUCUUUCUUGACCUUCACAUAGAUGAAGAUGACCUUAAAAGUGAAAGAUUUUUAUCCGAGUCGGAAAACUCUAGUAAUUUAGACACCAGAGACAGGCGCCAAAUCAAAGUUUAUACACGUGAGGAAUUGAGAGAAAUGACAACCUUUGACCAGGUCAAGGCAAUCAGAAGAACAAUCCAGAGACACAUCCCAGAAUGCCAGAAUGUAGUAUUUGUUCCCAGUCAGAGGUGUCCAGUGUGUAGGUUUACCUUCAGGUCCUCGGGGAUUAAAUGUGAUGUAUCUGUCAGUAAUAGAUUAGCUCUCAGAAACACCAAGUUCCUCAGACUCUGCACCGAGCUGGAUGUGAGGUUAUCUCCUCUGGUUUACGCUAUACGUUACUGGGCCAAGUGCAGAGACAUUGCAGGCAACAUCCAAUCAGGAACCAAGCUGAACAAUUAUGCACUGUGUUUGCUGGUAGUUUUCUACCUCCAGAACUUAGAGAAGCCUAUCCUUCCCAGUAUUCAGCAGUUGGCCGAUUAUUGUGGUCCAGAAGAGAAAGUUGUCAUUGAGGACUGGGACUGCUCAUUUGUAGAAGAUAAGUCACGCAUACCUUGUACUGCUAACACUAUGACAGUUGGUGAGCUCUUGCUUGGUUUCUAUCAGUUCUAUGCCAAGUUUGACUUCAGUACAAGCAUCAUCUGCCCCAGAACGGGCAAGACCAUGAAUUUGAUGACUGUCCUCAACCCAGAUACAAUGCCAGCUAAGAUGGAAGGUUAUAAGGUGGAAACAGUUGCUAUUCAGGAUCCUUUUGUCUUGAAUCAUAACCCAGCAUUUAACAUCAACGAGAAGAUGAAAGAAAGAAUCAUUUCAGAAUUCCAGACAGCAGCCAAGAUGGCUGAUUUUCUAAGGGACAACCCAGACCAUGAGUUUUCACUUCAGGGAUUAGUUAUGUUUUUAUCUAAUGAGAUACCAGCACAGUUCACUUCUGUUCCACCCAAUCAGAGUGAUCAUCUUAUCUCAAAAUUAAAACUGGCUGAAAACAAACAUCCUUCAAAGCAUGGGACAAAAUGUUUACUCAUCCCAACUCUGUUAUUCAAAGACAAUAUUUCACAAAAAGGCAGCGAGCAAAAUUCUGUACUGCCACCUGGUGAAGAAGACGAUGAAGUAGAUGGCAGAAGUAGAUGGCAGAAAAAAACACCUGAUGUCACUGAAAGGACGGAACUUUCUUUCAGUGCAGUGGACAGUAAACCCAAUAAAAUUGUGGAUGACUUUGAUGAAUUGACUGAAAUGGAGGAGUUUCAUUUGAAUGAUGUUGUGAAGAAACAAAAAGAUGCAGAUGAUAAAGUUCAGUCUGGCAAAAUUGAGAAGACUGCCGUUGAAAAUUUAGUUAAUGAACCGUUGUCCCUUUUUCCAACUGAGGGUCAUGCCAUUGGGGCUGCUUUGGGUAGUGGGAGUGGAACACCAAAGAGACAAAACAGUGGUUCUGAAUACCUCUCUGAUCAUCAGAUUUUAAAGAAAACAAAAAGUGAUGCAAAUCUGAACACAGAUUGUGAAGUUUUACAGAAUGAGGCAUGUGCGGAAAACAAUUUCGAUGAUUAUUCUCAGCUGGAAAGGGAAGUAUUUCAGUCUGAAAGUAUUAAGGUGACUGAAAAUAAUUCCAUUGAUGGCAACAAAGUCUCAGCAGAGGACUGUUUAAAGAACUUAAACCCAAAGAAAUUUGAUUCAGAGCUAGUGAAGAGUCAGUUAAAGACUAGUCUAAAGCCAGAGGAAAGAGACCUUUUUCCUCAGCAUAGUGCUAUAAGAAAGCAAUCUUCUGAUAGUAGAAUAACAAGUUCUCCUAAAAAACCAAACAACUUGUUCAUGCAUUUACAAUGCUCCAUACAGCAUGCUGUGUGGCUGCGUCGCAAAGCAGUACGCAAAAAUCUUUUACAUGCUGGUCAUAAAGAUGACCUUGACCUAGAGAUCAAGGUCACCCAGGAUGUUAUAGAACAUGAAAGGAACAGAGGCGAAAAGAUUAAGCCAUUUACUAUUGAUGUGCUGUUGAUGGAUGAUGACAAACAGGCAUGUAGUAGUCAGACUGCUGUCCACGUUGUUUUGAGAGCACAAACAGAUGUAGCAAGUCACUCUUUCAGUUUCUUCAGUUCAUAUAUAUCAAAGGGAAUUCAGAAGUAUUAUUCAUGA